UCCACAUGCAGUCGCUGUGCAAGACGCACUUCCUGCAGCAGCUGUACCGCAAGAUCGACGGCGCCGUGCUGCAGUCGCAGAACGAGCGCAACCUGGACUGCGUGGUCACCUUCCAGACGCACUCCAUCCUGCAGCGCUUCAUGCUGCGCUUCGACCUGCUGCAGCUCGACUGCAACGACCACCUCUUCGUGUACGACGGCGCCCACGCGAAAACAACAUGAACACGGUGCUGGGGAUGAGCCUGACGCUGUUCGUGGUGAGCGUGGUGAGCGGGCUGCUGGUGGUGUUCGCGUGCGUGGUGGGCGUGGCCGUGUGCCUGUGCCGCCGCGGCACCAACGG